CCGAAAACAAUACCAUUCAUAUCGGGUAGAAUGUCUUAAUUAGCCUGAAUGUAAUACAUUUUAUGGACAAUGUAGGGAUUUGUGAGUUUGGACCCUACGCGUGUUCACGAAUCGAGGAAGUGACCAUUGUGAGCUGGGCACAUUUUGACAGUGCCCUGCUGAAGCGCACUGCAACAGCAGCUAGGAAGCAAACUAGCAUAUCUCCAAUAACUACAGGACAGCCUUUUUGGUAUGCUCCGCUCCUCCCCCAUCCUGCUUGUCGGCGAUGGUACUUUCUGUUGGUCGAAGGUCAAAUGACUCCGCAUGUUUGAGGGUGCGUGUGGUACUGUGUACAUUCCUGACAUGCCCCGCGAAUGACGAAGACAACGUUUUGAACGCCGAUGAUUUUUCGUCCACGGACAUUUGACAUCGCGCUGAAAGUUUGAAAAGACAACAAAGUGUUGACCACCUUGGAAGCUCUGGGAAAGAGAAAGAAGACACUGCCAGCACCAUGUUCAACACCAAAAGAUUGAAAAAGAAGUCUCAGUCAGUGGACAUUGCCAGCCAAGGAUUCUCCCAGACUCUGGUGCCAUCCUCACCCCUCAAUAAAGCUGCAUCAUCUGUUGCCAAGACAACCACCGUCCUCGCGGUACAAGAAAACAACACCACUAACUCCCAGCGCUGCAGCCCACGGUGUGGAGAACUGAAGAGAGGCUACACCAUUGAUACUGGCCAGAAGAAGACCCCAGAGAAGAAGGAUGGGAGACGUAUGUCGUUCCAGAGACCCAAAGGGACCAUUGAAUAUUCUGUGGAAUCUCGGGACACAUUGAACAGCAUUGCACUCAAGUUUGACACCACACCCAACGAGCUGGUUCAGCUGAACAAGCUGUUCUCCAGGGCAGUUGUGCCUGGCCAGGUUUUGUAUGUUCCUGAUCCUGAGUACGUCUCCAGUGUUGGAAGCUCCCCUUCCCUCAGUCCCAUCAGCCCUUUGUCCCCCACCUCCUCAGAAGCUGAUUUAGAGAAGGUGACGGAUUCAGAUGGGAUCUCCAGACCAGAGGCAGUUCCCCCGCUGUUUUCUGCCCUACGUCAAUCUCGAGUGGUGUCAUCCACAUCUGAGGAGGAAGAGGCCCUUACAGAGAAGUUCCUUAAGAUCAACUGCAAGUACAUAACUGAUGGAAAGGGUUCAGUAAGUGGGGUGUUGCUGGUGACACCCAACAACAUCAUGUUUGAUCCUCAUCGGAUGGACCCUCUGGUUCAGGCCCAUGGGUGCGAGGAGUAUGGUAUCAUGUGUCCUCUGGAAGAGGUCCAAUCUGCUGCCAUCUUUAAAGAGGUCACUGACCCAAAAAUCAGAGAGGCUGUGCCUGAUGACCUGGAACCUCUGCCAUCAGAGAGACAUCCUUCCCAUCAGAAGGACUCAGAGCAGCUCCUGCGGGAGCCCGGGGCCAAUGACAGUGGCAACACUGCCCCACGCAGCACAGAGGGCUCAAUUUCAGAAGAUGUCUUCACAGAGUCUGAGCUGUCUCCCAUAAGGGAGGAAGAGCAAGUAUCCAGUGGGGAUGUUUGUCUGGAUAAGUCCUCUGGCGCCUCUACAGAGUCUGUGCAAACUGUGACACAGGAGGAGCCUACUGGCUCACAGACCCUAGGCAGUGCCCGCAGGUCAGUCAGUCAUCCUGAGGAGCUUCCAGUGGCGAAGGCCUCCAUCACAGCAGUGGACAAUCCUCCAGACACUACUGCCAAAAAGAAUAUUGAGUCACCUUUGGGAUCCAAACAGCACAGUGAAGAGAAGCCACCAAGCACAUCCACUACCAGCACCACAACUAGCCAGGCCCAGCGCCACAGCAGCACCGCUCGUCCAGGGUCUGAAAGUGCACCUACCCCACUUGCCACAGAGACUCUUUCUGUCAUAGCCAGUCUAUUGGAAGAUGCCAACAAGGGGACUGAAGUCUCCAAAACAGACUCUAUGCAACAAGUGACAGAGGAGAACUAUGAUGUAGAACAGGGGCAAAAGGCCAACACACCGAAUUCACAGGGAUCUGGAGAGUGGAGGAAGAGCCACUCACUCAAGUUCCUUUGUCUGCGGGUAGGGAAGCCAAUGAAGAAGACAUUUGUUUCCAAUGCUAGCGCAUCCAUGCAGCAGUAUGCCCAACAGGGCAAGAAGCACGAGUACUGGUUUGCUGUGCCACAGGAGAGGUCAGACCACCUAUAUGUGUUCUUCAUGCAGUGGAGCCCAGAUAUGUACGGUGAGGGUGUCAGAGGGAUGGGACAAGAACCUGGAUUUAUGGUUGUCAAGAAGUUAGUGUCAGAAAAUGCUGUGGACGAGUUCAUCACUGGCCUCAAUGUCAAAGAAUGGGAGGUAGUGUCUAUGACUGAGUACCACCGUCGGAUCGAUGCUCUAAACAGCGAAGAUCUGCGCUCACUCUGCAAAAGACUUCAGAUCACAACCAAAGAGGACUUGAACUCCAAGCAUGACAUGGCCAUCAAAACUGAACUGGAGCCCGAAACAUUCAAGCCAAACCUCAGAGAGCCAAGUGAUCUCCUGGAGGCCGAUCAGAUUGAGAAGCUUGCAAGGAAUCUGCCACCGCGGACCAUCGGUUACCCAUGGACGCUAGCCUUUGGCACAUCGAAACAUGGCAUGAGCAUCAAGACUCUGUACAGAGCCAUGCAAGGACAGGACACCCCAGUGCUCAUGGUCAUUAAGGACAGUGACGGACAGGUUUUUGGUGCCCUUGCAUCAGAGCCCUUUAAAGUUAGCGAUGGUUUUUAUGGCACAGGAGAGACCUUCCUCUUCACCUUCAAUCCAGCGUUUGAGGUGUACAAAUGGACGGGUGACAACAUGUUCUUCAUCAAAGGCGAUAUGGACUCCUUAGCUUUUGGUGGUGGAAGCGGCGAGUUCGGUCUAUGGCUGGAUGGAGACCUUUACCACGGCAGGAGUCACUCAUGCAAAACAUUCGGGAACCCCAUGCUGUCUAAAAAGGAGGAUUUCUAUGUGCAGGACAUAGAGAUCUGGGCUUUUGAGUAACUGCACACGUACAGUACAGGGGAUACAGACAAGCCCCGCAUUCAGGCAGCGAGAGGAAUGGUCCUCCUUAGAACUAUGGCAAUGUCCUAACCCUAACUGCACAUCACUGGGGGCCAGCUAUCGGAUAUUUGUUGCGCAUUACUACCACAAUUACUCUGGAGGCUUUUUUAUUAUUUUUUUUUAUUUUUUAUUUUUUUUGUGAAAAACUACAUUUGUGUGUACAUUGUUACGGCCUCGUGCAGCAUCUUUGCAGUGUGUGGGUGGGGGGGAGUCAAGCUUCGGGAUCUCAGUUCAAAGUCCGUUUAAAAGGGAUAUCCAAGGGGACUGUGCUGCCCUACUGGUCCAGACGCGUCUCUCCAGCACCCUCUUUGUCCAUUCAGUGCAUCAGGGAGGACGAAAGAAGAAAAACACAUUCCUAUCCAUGAUGACAUCGUGUCCAAAUCAAGUGAGAAUAGUGGUAAAACAGGAAAGGGUACAGUAAUACUGAGGUGAGAGAUUUGGCUUGUUGAUUUAUUUUCGUUUUGUUUUCCCUCCCUCAGUCCAAUUCCUGGUCCUUCUCCGCUUGAGACUAAACUAACUGAGUAAAUUGUGUGUGUGGUCGUCCUCAUGUCGUUCACUGUCCUUGCACAUCAUCUGAAAGCACAUAGCUAUAACCAGAUCAGCCAUCGUCGUAAUGUUCUGUUCAGUUGGUGUACGUGUGAGUCCAGCUAACACCGGCUGUACUGUACUGUUAGUAGACAGUAACGUGUUGCAAUAGAUUUUGUGGAAUAUGCAAAUAACUGUCCUGUGACCUCAAAUAGCCCCGCCAGGGCCCGUGGCACUUUGGCUGCCGCCUGUGGCGCUUUCAAGAGCAGAGCGUGAAAAGCUUUUGGAUCUUCUUGAUCCACAAUUGCUUUUCUGGCUAUCUGCUGAAGAGCCUGAGACAUGGUAAACUGUUUUACAUGCAUAUACAGUAUGACAAUUAUAUACUAGUAUGUAUGAUUAUAUAGAGAUGUGUAUAUAAUCAUAUAUAUUUUGCUGUUAAGUGUGACGGUGAUCUAUUUGUGCUGACAUUUCAGCUGUUACAAUAUAAUGUAUAUUACCCUGUAAAUGAUGCUGUAUAAAUAUAUAUGAGGAAGUGUGGAUUGAUGGGUUUGCUUCUAGCACUUUAAUCUGGUGUAAAAGCUUAUAUUAUUAUUAUUUAUAUUAUUAUAAAGCAGGUUAUUGGGAUUCUAUUCGCUGUAGCUGUACAGUACCUUUUUGUUUAGGUCCAUAAGAUGGUAACUGUUAGUAGAAAGCUUGCUGCUACCAAUAUCAAAAAGGUUAUGCCCUAAUGCUCUCUGUCUAAAACGAGGGUCCCGCUGAGAUCGGAAGUGGGGGGAUUGUGGUUUGGUGGCGUGGUGAGGGAACAUUUUAUCUGCUCGUUGGCCUGCUAGGUGAGUCUCAGACAGGUAGGUAUGCUGGCAAACUGACCUGGGACACUACCUAAACCUCAUCAUAAGGACCCUUGUCCCCAACACCACCCCAUUCUGGUCUUCCACACCAGUAUUUGUGUCCUUGUGGAGAGUCACAAAGAAUAAUAUGAAUAAUUAUUCCACCAGAAUACCAUGUAUCAGUGAUGUACAAAUUAAUAAAGAUAAUUUAAUGGUCAUAACCAGG